AUGGGAAAAGGGAUUUCCAAGACGUUUCGUGUUUGCAGCAAGCAUUUCAAAGACGAUGACUUCGACUACCCCGUCGGCAGCAAAAUGUUCGGGUGGAAGUCACGUCGGCUGGUACGAGGUGCCGUCCCCAGUAAGAACCUUCCUGUUCGUCCCAUCGACGCCAAACGGCCGCAGUCGCAGCCUCGAGUGACACGACAAAGGAUGGAGACGACGCAGCCACUUCGGGAGAUAUUCUUGCCGGACUUCCGACACAACAUGGACGCGACUGUAGUGUGUUCUACCACCCAAGGCACUGACCAAAGCUCCACUUCUGCCGUGGAUGCAGCAGGGAAGAGCAGGGCUCCAUGCACAAAUGUAGCAGUGACGACCGAGAGCAGCUGCACUGAUAAUGCAGGCAUAUCCUCAGGUAUGAGCGUAGCAGACCCCGAAGCAACAUAUUCUGAUGAGACCAAUUACGUGCCCCAGCACGUCGAAGCUGCAGCACGUUUCGAGUCCAUUGAGCAGGUUCCAUCACAGCAAAAUUUACAGGAGGAACUUCAGAGCCUUAAGCAAGAUGUAGCAGUACAGGCUAACACUAUUGGUGAAUUGAAGAAGCAACUGAUAAGCAUAUCUACAGUGAAGGAUGAACAAGCCCUGUUAGCCAUCACUGGAAUAGCACACUUCCAAGUAUUUUACAACAUCUGCGACCUCGUCACAACUGUUCGAAUCAAGCAGUCUAGCAGGGACUUUUCCCUCAGCAACGAAGAUGCUGUGUUGCUUACGUUCUUUAAGCUGUACCAUAACGUCUCAUUUGCACUGCUUGGUGUGUUAUUUGGCAUCCACAGAACGACGGCAUCCAACAUUUUUAAGGAAAUAGUUCCAGUCCUGAGAACAGUGUUGCAACAUGCAGUAUUCUGGCCUAGGAAGGAAGCAGUUCUGCAGUGCUUGACAAAAUAUUUUGAUAAGUACCGUCAGACGCGUUUGGUUCUGGACUGUACCGAAAUAGAGAUUGAACAACCAAAAGAUCUAAAAUCUCGCAUCCUGACGUACAGUCAUUACAAGAAAAAACACACUGCAAAAAUCCUAGUGAGUGAGACACCGGGUGGCCUAAUUAGCUACGUCAGCCAGGCCUAUGGAGGUAAAGCCUCAGACACGUACAUAACGCGUGAGAGCAAGAUCCUCGAGAAGUGCCUCCCGCAUAUCGACAAGGUGAUGGUGGAUAAAGGAUUCUUAAUUGAUGACCUGUGUGAACAGCAUGGCAUAGAGCUCGUGAGGCCGCCCUUUUUGAGGAAGCAGCAGCAGCUAAGCAGACGCGACGCUGAAAAUAAUGCUUCAAUUGCAAGUGCGCGCGUUCAUGUUGAGAGAGCGAUCCAGCGUAUAAAGCGGUACAAAAUUCUCCAGCAGAGGUACCCCUUAGAACUACUACCUUGGUUAGAUGACAUAGUUACCAUAAUUGCUGGUCUUGUAAAUAUUUCUAAGCCGCUUUUUGCAAGUGACAAGUUGUUGUUUCAGUGA